AUGCGCAUAUUGAACCCUGCGGAAGAGCUGCGCUCUUCAUCGCCGGAACUGACCCUUCCACCAGAGUUUGCAGGUGAAGUUGACGUUCUCCGCCUGGAUGCGCUCCAACAUACAGUGCCGCCGCCUUUCAAGUACUUUCCGCUCAGCGUCCCCGGGCAUGACGCUCCUCCGGCUUUGAUGACGUGCUCGUUAUCUGGAGCAAUAGAGGUACUACUCAAGUAUGACCUGUUCUUGAUCCGUUUGACUGGCCCAUAUGCGCUGUUUGUGCGACGGGGCGAAUGGCCCAAUGCACGCAAAUUUUCCCGGAAACUGCAUUGUCUGUCGGCAUUGUUUUUUUGGCUUCCAGGUCCUUGCUGGUCAUAG